AUGGUGAAGAAAGCGAAGAAGACACCGGAAUUUGAUUUGGACAUGCUUCAAGUGUUCAAAAAGGUCGAGGUGACCAUACCACUCCUUGACGCUAUCCAACAAAUUCCCAUGUAUGCAAAAUUUUUGAAAGACUUGUGUACACACAAGAAUAGGUUAGGAGAAUUGGAGACACUAUCCUUGGGUAGUUCGAUUUCUUCCUUGAUGGAACCUAUUCCAAGAAAAUAUGGUGAUCCUGGACCAUGCUUAGUGUCUUGUCGUAUUGGUGGAUACACUUUUCAUGAUUGUAUGUGUGACUUGGGAGCUUGUGUAAGCAUCAUGCUGCUGUCCAUCUAUGUGCAGUUGAAUUUAGCUCCAUUGAAGAAGUCGGCGGCGAGGUUUGCCUUAGCCGAUAAAAGUGUGAUCACAGUAAUGGGAAUAGCUGAAGAUGUACUCGUGGCAAUUAAGGAUUUGGUUUUUCCGAUUGACUUUUACAUCCUUGAGAUGCCUCCAACGGAAAGUAGAAGCUCAUCUUCCGUCCUACUUGGUAGUCCCUUUCUCAAAACCUCCAAAUUCAAGUUGGAUGCCUUCACCGGUAUAUAUUCUUUUGGGGUUGGAGACAAGACUAUCAAGUUCAAUUUAGAGGAAGCCAUGAAACAUCCUCCUGAAGAGCACUCCAUGCUCCGAUGUGAUAUGAUUGAUGAAGUAGUAGCGGAAGUGCAAGAAGAGGAUCAUGAAAAAUUGUGCUACCCCACUGUUGAGGAGAUGGAUGACCAAGGGGAUGAACCUGAAGAAGUUGUCAAGAGUGAACUCCAUGAGCUUGAUGGGAAGGAACCUCAUCUUGAGACAAAAAGUGAAUUGAAGCCCCUUCCAUCUUAUUUGAUGUAUGCUUUCUUAGAGGAGAACCAACGUUUUCCGGUAAUUAUUGCUAGUGAGCUCUUAAGUGAAGAAGAGGGGAAGCUCCUAGAUAUUCUCAAGAAACACAAGAAAGCAAUAGGAUGGAGCCUAACGGAUAUUAUGGGAAUUGACCCCCGCAAGUGCAUGCAUAGGAUAUUUCUCCAAGAUGGAGCCAAGCCAGUUACGCAACCGCAAAGGAGACUCAACCCCACCAUCCUCGACGUAGUGAAGAAAGAGGUUACCCGACUACUGGAUGCGGAUAUCAUAUACCCUAUUUCCGAUAGUGAGUGGAUACAUAUUGCUCCUGAAGAUCAGGAGAAGACCACGUUUACUUGUCCAUUCGGCACCUUUGCCUAUAAAAGGAUGCCAUUUAGACUAUGUAACGCACCUGCUACUUUUCAGAGGUGCAUGAUGAGUGUCUUCUCCGAUCUAAUGGAGAAUUGUCUAGAAGUCUUUAUGGACGACUUCAGCGUUUAUGGUACUUCAUUCGAUUGUUGCUUAGAGAACUUGGCCAAGGUCCUUGCUAGAUGUGUUUACACUAACCUUGUUUUAAAUUUUAAAAAACGUACAACAAGGCGCUUUAUCAAAGACUUUAGCAAGAUUGCCUUGCCGUUAUCACGCCUACUCCAAAAAGAUGUGGAUUUUGAGUUUGAUAGUGAAUGUGUGAAAGCCUUUGAAGAGCUAAAGAGAGUUAUUACCACAGCACCAAUUGUGCGAGGCCCCAACUGGACGUUGCCGUUUGAGAUAAUGUGCGAUGCGUCACACCAUGCUGUAGGUGCCGCACUUGCACAGCGCGAAAUAGUGGUAUACACGGAUCAUGUAGCUUUGAAGUAUUUAUUGACAAAGAAUGAGACAAAGCCUAGACUCAUACGUUGGAUCUUGCUUUUGCGAGAAUUCGACGUUGAGAUUAGGGACCUGAGUGGAUCUCAAAACCUAGUUGCGGAUCAUUUAAGCCGCAUUGAGAAUUUAAAAAUUGAUCCAUUUCCGAUCAACGACCCAUUCCCAUUGGACAGUUUGCAUGCUGUGUCGGCUAGCUUUCCUUGGUUUGCCCCAAUGGCGAACUACUUGGUUGCAAGAAUCUUCCCUCCCAACUUUUCGAAAAACCAAAGGGACAAGUUGAGGAGUGAUUCCAAAUGCUAUAUUUGGGAUGACCCUCACUUGUGGAAGAGGGGCGUGGACCAAGUAAUUCGAAGAUGUGUUCCGGAGUCUGAAUUCCAACCAAUUCUUAAGGCUUGUUAUUUGUCCGAAUAUGGUGGCCACUUUGGCCGACAAAGGACCGCUAAAAAGGUGUUGGAUUGUGGAUUCUGGUGGCCAACCUUAUUCAAGGACGCUAACCGACUAUGUGUGUCUUGCCAUCAGUGUCAAAGGUCAGGAAACGCAUCCCAAAGGGAUGAAAUGCCUUAG